UUGGCUUUCUUUAACCUUUUCUCGAGCUUGACUUUCUUUUGUCAAUUUAUUGAAGUGGGUUUUUUUUCUCUUUCUUUUCAAUGGAGAGCUACCACCACUUUGGCGAUGGUGAUACCCAUUUGCCUCCUGGCUUUAGGUUUCACCCAACUGAUGAGGAGCUUAUCACCUACUAUCUCCUCAAGAAGGUUCUUGACAGAAACUUCACUGGUAGGGCCAUUGCUGAAGUUGACCUUAACAAAUGUGAGCCAUGGGAACUUCCAGGGAAAGCUAAGAUGGUAGAGAAAGAGUGGUACUUCUUUAGUUUGAGAGAUAGAAAGUACCCGACUGGGCUGAGAACUAAUAGAGCCACUGAAGCUGGUUAUUGGAAGGCUACAGGGAAAGACAGGGAGAUUCGUAGCUCAAAGACUGGUGCACUUGUAGGAAUGAAGAAGACUCUGGUGUUCUACAGAGGGAGAGCCCCUGAAGGAGGUAAAAGUAACUGGGUUAUGCAUGAGUAUCGCCUUGAAGGAAAAUUUGCUUACCAUUACAUCUCCGGGUGCUCUAAGGUAUAGUGAGCUCAUUUGUUUUGUGUCACCAUGUUCUCUCUUUCAAGUCAUGCAAGGAAAAACCUGUUUUCUAGGGUUUAAUACUCGUUUCCCUGUCAAGCCUUGUUUGUCAUCCCAGU